GGCUGCGAGGCUGCGGGCAGGAGUGUCCCGGGAAAGAGCGGGGUGGCUCUUGCGGCCCUCGGGCCGGUGGUGUCUCCUCAAGCAGCAGCAGCAGCCGCAGUCGUGGGCUGUGAGAACUCCCAGCAGUGUGACUGGUUAUCGGCGAGCGGGCUUUCAAGGUGAUUUUUCAGCAGCAAAGGUGCAGCCUGAUGGUAAACAGCAUCCGUAUGGGAGCAAAUGUACAGUUGGAUAGUCAGCUGCAUACAUCACUUCUCAUCAGAACGUGCAUUUUUUGCCUAUAUGUCUAAAUUGACAUUUAGCCAGAAGGACUUUUGAGAGUUUCUCAGUGUGCUUGAACCACAUUAACAGAGGUCAUCAUCACCACUGCUGUUAUGUCCUGGGUACAAGUUGCAGUCAGCCGAUCCAGUGAGGAUAUAUUUGAUGAAGAUGCAGACGAGAUGUGUCUACUACAGAAAGAAUGGAACAGCACCAUGAAAAAAAGAUUGAAGGAGGGCUAUAUGGAUGGAAUUGAGGCUGGGAAAGAGCUUGCACUCCAGGAAGGCUUCAAUCAAGGUUAUAGACAUGGUGCUGAGCUGAUGGUUACCUGUGGCCAAUUCAGAGGAACCCUGAAUGCUCUCUUGUCAUGGUGUCAUCUUAAUGGACACGAUUCUGCCUCAAGUAAGAUAAAUAAUCUUCUCGAUGUGAUUGGAAAGCAUGAAGAAGAUGUCCUUAAGUGUCUGAAUUCUGUUGAACAACAGCCACAUCUUGGACACAUUUUAGAUUCUGUUCAGGACAUGGACCUCAAUCACACAGCUCCAACUGAGACAGAGUAUAACGAAGUUAAAGCUGGAAGACACGAAGACAUUGGCACCUCUGCUGAAACCAGCUGUAGAAAUAUUGGUGAGGUUGGUUCCUUGCAGUCUGAGUGCAACACAGCAAAACUCUGCACAGAUCCUGAAAGGUCAACUCUUGCUUGGGUUAAAAAGCAGACUGUUUGGCUAGUAGAGCAACUGGGCUUAUCACUGGAUAUUCUCCAUCAUGUCCAGCAACUGGAAAACUAGUUUCUCUGUUUCAUUGUAUUUAAAAUCAUCUCAACUGGAUUUGAUACUGAGUUUGUGGAAUAUGUACAGGCUGGUGCAUCACUUCAUUUUAGGGAAAUCUGAUCUUGGUACUUCCCAGUGGAGGUAAUUUCUGUAAAUCUUCACCAUGCUUUGGCUCCUUGCAAAAAAACCCCUUGCUUUCAGUCUUAAACAUAACUUUCACAGAAAGGGGAAAUUACUUUUAAAGCUCAACAAAGAUUUACUAAAAACAUUCCUGUUCUGUGUCAGAAGCUAUAAUUUCACCCUUGCUUUCUCUUUUGUCAGCAGUUUGGAAUUGGAGCAGGUCCUUUAAAUAACCCCUUUAAAUAUAUUCCCUCCAAUAUCUAAAAAAAUAAAUGACCAGUGCUAUGGACAAACUAUUGUUGCAGAACAAGCUGCUGUUGAUUAUAUGCUAAGUCUACACAAAAUAGGACAGGAUUUGCUGCUGAUUUCUAGAGUGCUGUGACUCUCUAGUCGGUAUAUAAAAUACAGGCAUUUUUCACCUUU